AUGUGGAGCUUGGCUAAUAAAGCACCAUUCAUGCUUCGUGGAGGUGGUUGUGGAUCGGUUAAAAUAAGUCCACACACAGAUGAAAACUUAAAGUCAGAUAAUCAAGCCCUAUACAAUUUCAUUACCAGAUUGAAUUACUUUGUUGAAACAAUUUGCACAAAAGCCUCUGUAGCUGCAAAUUAAUCAGAAUCUUAAGAAAUAACUAUAGCCAUUCAAUGGUUUAUUUUUUAAGAGGAAAAUAUCUACAAACUUAUCAAAGAUGUCUAAAAUGCUAAGAAAUCCUAUAACUUAAUCUUAGAUGGAAUUCGUAAAUUAUUGAAAAGCUGUUUGAUCUACAUUAGAACAGAUUAGUUUAAAUGCUUAUAUAUCUUAUAAAUUACAGCCUCUCUAUCUAAAGUUAUAUUUUGCUUUCAUAUAACAAAUGACUAAAGAUUUAUGAAAUGUGAAUUAUAAAAGGAAUUUUUAGAUAUUUCAGAUGAAUUAAAAUAAUAAAUGGAAAUAGAGAAAAAUGAUUUGAUUCAUAUUUAAAUGGAGCUUUACCUUUUCUUAACGAAAACUUCUUUCGAGAUGGCUCCUAAUAAUAGUAACGAAAGGGAUGAUAUUUUAAAAGGGUGUUUAAGUGGUAUAAUUGCUUCGAUAAUACAAAUGAAACCUAAUGCAGAAUUACUUGAAUCAUUGUUCAAAGGAGCCCUUCUGGUAUACAAAAUGUAUGCAGUUUCAAAAAAUAGAAAAUAAUAUGAAAUUUACUUUUAAAUAGAUAUGUUGUAAUGGGAGAUUAUCAGUUAUUUUAAAAAUGAAAAAGAAAAAAAUUUAGAAGAAAUAAUUGAAAAAAUUCAAAUAAUUCAUGAAUAGCUUGUGAAAAAUUCAAUUAAUUGGAUGUCUCAUUUGUUGUGGAUUUAAAUGAUUGGGAAAAUUUUAAUAUAUAAUCCUCUUUUAACAAAAUAAUAAUUAUAUCAGCUAACUAGUUAAUUCAAUUUAGGAGCCAAUUCAAGGUAAAUGUGGAAGGAAUAUCAAAAUAAAGGAUUACUAAUUUAAAUGAACCAUAGCAAUAAUUAAGCUGUCAUUCUACUUCACUAGCUUUAAAAUAAAGAAUUACUUUAACUUGAUAGAGUUAUAUUAGAAGAUUGUUUCAAAGAAUGGGAAAACUUCUUAUUACUUAAAGACUACUUGUUAAAUGAAAAAAAUCCAAAUAUCUAUUUCACAUUUUAAUCAUAUUUACAAAACAAAUUGAAAGGAGUGAGUAUAGAAUCCUAAAAAGAUGAAAAUACUUUGAUUGGAAAAAUUUUGACAUUUUUUGAUUUCAUUAUUUCAAGUAAAUUACUAGCUUUAAUUAAAGAAAAUUAUGAGAAAUUAGGUGUAGUAAUUAAAAGUUAUCGAACUUUUAUGAAAAAGAAUACUCACUUGACCAAGAAGAUAUAAUAAAAAAUUUAACAUGUCUAAAUAAAUUAAAUGAUUCAGAACUUCAAAUAAUAUUUACAAAAUAUUCAAAAAAUCAUUAAAAUAAUUAGGCUUAAUUUAUGGAAAUAAUAUUUUUAGAUCUAAUAAUUUAACUAGAAAUAGAUUAUUCAAUUCAAUAAUUUAUAAUAACUUAAAUAUUUGAUGAAAAUGUUAGAAAAACUAUUAGAAUUAUUAAUUUAAGAUUUUAAGGAUAGGAUGAAUGAAUAAUAAAAAAAUCAAUCAUCAAAUCAAAAAGAUGAAGAUGAAAGGGAAGAACUUUGGAGGUAGAAAGAAUUUAUUUAAGAUUAAUUAAGUAAACUUGAAUUGGAAGUUAAAAUUUAGCAACUUGAUGAUUUGAAGAAGAAACUUUUGUCUUUGCCAGAUGCUACUCUAAACUAACCAAAAUUUUUGGAAGCAGCUUAAAGUCUGAUACAAUUUAUUGCAAAUUCUUGGAAAUAAUUAGAAAAGGUUGAAAUUUCUUUACUUAAAUAAAAUGAUCACAAUUGUUUUUUUGAGUAUUAUUUGAAUAAUCUUUAUUUAUACUAUGAAGCUAUAAAUUAAGAACUAGAAAAUGAUUAUAAUGAAUCCAUGUCAUUUAUUAAGGAAUUUUUUCAAAUCAAGUAUGAUAUUGAGAAUCAUAAAGAGAUUAAAGGAUUAAUAAAAUAUCUUCUAAAUUUAAUAUGCAAGCAUCUAAAACUACAUUUAAAGUUAGACACUAUCAAGAAGUCUUUCAUGAAUAUCUUACAAUAGGCGAGUCUAUAAGAUUUACAAAAAUUGUAACAAUUUAUCAAUCUUGAUGGAUUCCUAAUAUCGAUAAUUAAAGAUUACCCAAAAAAAAAUAAUUAGAUCUAAAUGUGAUAUUGUAAAUGUGACUGCCUUUGAAUUAAAAAACCUAUAAAUCACAGAAUAAGAUUAUUAAAAUAAAUUAUCAAAGUAAAAAGCAUUGAUAGAAUACCUCCAAUUUCGUUUCUCAAUAGAUAAAUAAAAGAUUUCUUCAGAAGAAUUAGAUUUAAAAUUAAUAGAGAAGGAAUUAGGAGGAUUAUUUAUAAACGAAUCUUCUACCUAAAUGAUUGUGGAAAAUUUUAUGAAAGAUCUAACUAUUGAUCAAUUAUUAAAAAAUGUAAUUGAGGAAAAAUAUAAUUUAUCUUAAUUGGAGUUAGAUAGGCGAAAAUUUGAAUUUUUUUUGUCAAACUUGAGAAAAAUUAAAGAUUGA